AGCGUCAAACAAAUCCAGCAAAAAUAAGAGAUAUUUACCAGAAUUCUUAGUUAACUGGUACAAAGUGUGUAAACGCAUGAUAUCGAUGUUAUCAUUUAAUUUUAUCACACGUGCUUUUAAUAAAAUAUAUGAAUUGCUUACUUCCUUCCGGGAAUUUUUAUUUGCCUUUUAUUUGCUCAAAUGUACGAAGAAUGAAACAAUAGUAAUAAAUAUCAAAAUAAAUAAUUCAAUAGAAAUUAUUGAUACAGUCAUCUUUCUGUUCUUCUAGAAACAUCAUUUUUGAAAAAAAAAAAGAAUUAUAAAUAAAAUGUAAUCUAACAAUAAGAUAAGAUAAUAAAUAACGUGACUCCAGUCGCGUGAACAUCAGCAUGAAAAAGAUUAUUGAAAUAACGAAGGAUUUUGGUAUUACUUAUCUUAUUAUCGUAAAACCGACCAAAGGAAUCCAUCAGUUGCGUCAAUUACGUGGCGCACCAAAUGCAUUACGUCCUGUCGGUCUUUAUCUCAUAUGAUUAACGACAUUUGCUAGAAAGAUAUUUCCGUAACCAAGGAAAAAGAGGGUCAACGUUACGUAUUUUUAAACUACAUUAUUUCUUUUUCUUUUUUUUGCAUUUUUUCUUUCUAAUAAAACAUCACAACUACAUAUCUCAUAAAACUUGGCAAUUAAUUGGAAAGAAACAUGUCCGAUGAUGUAUGGUUCUUUGAACUGUAUAAAACAUAUUCUCAAUGUUUUCUUUUUUCUUUCAAGAAUUAUCUUAUUUUCCGCAUAACGAUCAUCGAUAAGAUAAAAAUAAAUAUAUGUUUCAUCGGAUUAAAAUUCCCGCGUUUCCGCUCGAACGAAACAAAACUCGUGCGCAGAUAGUUUUCAAAUCGGCCGGUAGUUGGCGCUUCGUUUGACGCAAUGAUAGACUUUAAAUUUACUUGGACGCCCAUUAUAAAGAGAGACAUUCGUUUGACAUACGCGAUUGACCUUUGAUCAGUGUGCAGUGCUAGUGAUGCUUCCAGCCGAUUACUUUUUUCUCUCUUUAUCACAUUUUUCGACCAUUAUUUAUCAAUUAAAAUAAUAAUAAACAUUCGUUUCGAGUGCUGGAUUCAAUUCAUCAGAUCUGAAUUAUCAAGAAGAAAUUGAAUUGUUCACUGUUCGAAGUGGUGUGUGUCUCUCUUUCUUUGACAUUGUGUCUUAUUCCGUUUCUCUAUGCGCUAGACGCGUAUCGUAAUAAUCCUUUUACUCUUAAUUUCUUUUUGUCCUUGACCAACAAAAUGUAAUUUUCUUUCAAACAAUGUGAAAAGACAAAAAUCUUACUGGUUAAACAAAUGUCUGUCUGUUGUUGGUGCUCGUUAAUCGAAAAUGUAAAUAUAUUUGAGUGAUCAAAAAAUAUCUGAAACAAAUAUUAUUGUGAAAUAUACGAGGCCCUUGUUUAUAUUUUGAAUAUGAUGAAGGGACAAAUACAAGCAGCACGAGAAAGGUUAGGAGGUUUCAGCAAUAGCACUUACUAUUCUAGUUCGUCAGACCACGUAUCUGACAUUCAACGUAUUGUUCCAAUCUCGCAUUAUGAAUUGCAAUUGGAUGAUUCUGCUGUUGCAACAGAAGUUGAUAAUAAAGUUAAAACUAAAUUGCUCUCUAUAUGGAAUAAUGUUAAAUAUGGAUGGACCGUAAAAAUAAAAACAAAUUUUUCUAAAGAAUCUCCAGUAUGGUUGCUAGGACAAAGAUAUCCCAAACAAUUGGAAGAUACUUUGGAAAAAGCAUCAGAAGCUCUUUCUGGAUUAGGAACUGGAAGCGAAGUUUCCCUGGCAAUAGAUGCUGCUAGUUACGAAGAAGGAAUCGAAGGAUUUAAAAGAGAUUUUAUUUCACGCCUAUGGCUUACUUACAGAAGAGAAUUUCCUAAUCUAAGAGGUUCUACUUUCACUACUGAUUGUGGUUGGGGUUGUAUGUUACGAAGUGGUCAGAUGAUGAUGGCGCAAGCAUUAGUUUAUCAUUUUCUAGGACGAGAUUGGAGGUGGAAUCCUGAUCAAACUGUUGAAACUGAUGAACAGAAAAAUGAAGAGAUGAAACAUCGUAUGAUUAUAAAAUGGUUUGGAGAUCAACCUGGACCUCAUUCUCCUCUUUCUAUUCAUAAACUCGUAUCACUUGGUGCACAAUCAGGAAAACAAAUAGGGGAUUGGUACGGACCAGGAUCAGUUGCACAUAUUUUAAGCCAAGCAGUAAAAUCUGCGGCUGAGAUACACAGGGAGUUUAGCAAUUUAUGUGUUUACGUUGCUCAAGAUUGUGCAGUCUAUCUGGACGAUGUGAAAAAAUUAUGCGAAACAUCGGAUGGAAGCUGGAGAUCUCUUAUAUUGCUAGUACCAUUAAGACUUGGUACAGAUAAGUUAAAUCCAAUGUAUAUACCAUAUUUGACUAAGCUGUUGGAAUUAGAAUUCUGCAUUGGUAUCAUUGGUGGACGUCCUAGACAUUCGCUUUACUUCAUCGGUUAUCAAGAAGAUAAGUUGAUACAUUUGGAUCCUCAUUACUGUCAAGAAAGUGUUGAUAUGUCGAAAGAAAUGUUUUCCUUGUCAACAUUCCAUUGUACCUCACCCAGAAAAAUGGUACUUUCCAAAAUGGAUCCCAGCUGUUGCAUCGGUUUUUACAUAUAUGAUAAAGACUCUUUCGACGAAUUUAUAACAAAGAUCGAGACCAUAUUUAUGUCUCAAAGUCAGAAAGCGGAUUAUCCGAUGUUUUUAUUUUGCGAAGGAAGCGGAGAAGAAUUGCAAGAAAACAUAGAGGUUGGUGAAAAUCCAUUGCCCUCGACAUUGUUUGUACGACCUGGUGCAUUCGAAGAUCAUUAUGAGUUUGAGGAAUUUGAACUCAUAUGUAUAGAAGAUAAAAAUAAAUAGAAAAAGAAUCACGAUGUACUUAUAAAUAUUUCUCAAACGUACGAAUUACGUAAAGUACGUACUAUCUACUUAUUUACAUCAUACUAUUAGUAUUACUACUUGCUACUAUUACUACAUUCGACAAAUUUAUAAUCCUUUGUUAAUUCGUCCAAUAUUCUUAAGUGAUAAAUUCAACAAUAUUAGAGAUUACUUUGAAAUCUAACACACAUACAGUUGUGUCGUUAUUAAAUAAUUAAGUGUUAUUCAAAUUUAAAGGCAAAGUAACUACAAAAAAAUAUGCACGCUCUAACUAAGAAAAAAUAUGGCGAAUUUUUUGAAAAAGAUAUCUUACAUGGUGUACGUCUUAAAAUUGCAGACUGAUGUCAAUGCGUUGACUAAAUUAUAUUUAAGUAUGUAAAAAAAAAAAAUAUGCAGAAAAGAUAGAAGUUUAAACUAACCAUCUAUUUGUUUGAUGGUGAUUAAGAUACUAAUGCAAUGAUCUUUAAUAAGUAUUAAACAAAGGCACAAUUUUUUUUUACUCUUUGUUAUCUGAUCUCGAGAUCGUUGCGAUUUUUUUCUUCUUGUUCAUAUGUACAUAUAUUUAUUUAUUUAUAUUUUUUCUUCGGAUUCUCUCUCUCUC